AUGGAGCAAUUAAGAUUUGAUGGGCGCGUUGCUGUAAUUACUGGUGCCGGCGGUGGCCUAGGUAAAGCCUACGCAUUGCUCCUAGGCUCACGAGGCGCCAAGGUGGUUGUAAACGAUUUAGGCAGUGCAAGAGAUGGUGUAGGCAAAUCAAAUUUUGCAGACGAAGUUGUAAAGGAAAUAAAAGCCAAAGGUGGUGAGGCAGUAGCUGAUUACAAUUCAGUGGUUGAUGGCGAGAAGUUAAUCAAAACUGCACUUGACAAUUAUGGCCGAAUUGAUAUCCUUAUCAACAAUGCUGGCAUUUUGCGUGAUAGGAGUUUCCAAAAAAUGUCUGAACAGGACUGGGACCUAAUUCAUGCUGUACACCUGAAAGGAGCAUACAAAACCACUCAAGCAGCAUGGGAGGCAUUCAAGAAACAGAAGUUUGGACGAGUCGUCAUGACAUCGAGUAACGCAGGACUCAUGGGGAACUUUGGACAGUCGAACUACAGUGCUGCAAAAAUGGGCUUAGUCGGACUUGCAAGUACACUCGCAAUCGAAGGUGCAAAAUACAACAUCAAAGUUAACACGAUUGUACCUACAGCAGCCUCACGUCUAACCGAAGAUAUCCUUCCACCAGAUAUGUUCCAAGCUAUGAAGCCUGAUCUUAUUGCUCCCGUUGUUGCGUACAUGGUACACGAAUCAUUUGAAGACAGCGGAGUUAUUAUCGACUCGACAUUAGGAUUCGCGCACAAAGCACAUCUUGUGAGGUCAAAGGGGGUUCCACUGAGGAAUAAGCCAUCUGAUGCAGUCACCAUUGAGUCAGUAAAGGAGAAAUGGGCUGAUGUAGUCAACAUGAACGGCGCAAGGAGAAUUGACAAAAUCGCCGAAGUCACACUGGAUCUAGUCCAAGGAUUACAGGAGUUUGAAGACCGCAGCAAGCUAGACAGCGCUCAUCCUUCAUACUGGUCCAAGUACAAUUACAACUCGAAGGAUCUCGUCUGCUAUGCGCUAGGAGUGGGCGCCUCGGUCGUCAAUCCCUCUGACUUGAAGUUCUUGUAUGAGAGCCACGAGGAAUUCACAGCUCUGCCCACAUUCUUCAUCCUGCCUGGUAUGAGCAUGGAGUCGCCUGUUGUCGGCAACGCCAUGCCCAAGGGAAAAUACGCUGAUUUCACAAAUAUUUUGCAUGGCGAGCAAUAUAUUGAAAUUAUUGGUGAUUUCCCGGGCACUGAGGGCGAAUUCACAACUCGUAACUACGUAGUCGAUAUGCUGGACAAGGGUUCUAGUGCUAUCGCCAUUGUUAACAGUGAGGUAUACCAAGACAAAGAGCUGCUGAUUCGCACACAACAGCACAUCUUCGUAGUUGGUCAGGGAGGCUUUAAUGGACCACGCAGCAGUGAUAAAGCAGUUGGUGUAUUGCCACCACCAAAGCGUUCUCCUGACGCGGUAGUGGAACAACGCACUGCGGAAGAUCAAGCGGCUUUGUACAGGUUGUCUGGAGAUUUGAACCCCUUACACAUUGAUCCCAACGUGGCUGUAGCAAGUGGUCACCCCAAACCCAUCCUGCAUGGACUUGCAUCUCUCGGCUUCUCUGUCAGACAUGUUAUAGCCAAAUACGCAGGCAACGAACCUAAAAACGUAAAAGCAAUUAAGGCGAGGUUUGCUAAGCCAGUUCUGCCUGGUCAGACUCUGGUUACCGAGAUGUGGCUCGAAGGCAACCGAGUACACUUCCAGACUAAACUCAAGGAGACAGGAAACAUAGUUAUUGCUGGUGCGUAUGUGGACUUGAAGGCAGUGGUUAAAGCUGGUGCAAGUUCUGCUCCAUCACAACAGACAUCAUCAUCUGUUGACUUGAAGAGUGAUUCACUAUUUGCUAAGAUACAAGAAGGAAUCAAAGAGAAUCCAGAUAAAGCUAAGAGUGUUGGUGCUGUUUAUCUGUACAAUAUAACAAAUAAUGGCAAGACGGUUAAACAGUGGACUCUAGAUUUAAAAUCUAGCAUUAGUGUGUACCAGGGCGAACCUAAAACAGGUAAAGCAGAUACAACACUGACAUUAUCAGACGAUGACAUGAUUGAAAUUGCCGCAGGCACAUUGAGUCCACAAGUUGCUUACUUGAAGGGCAAGAUCAAGAUAUCUGGAAAUAUUAUGCUCGCCCAAAAACUAGGACCCCUACUUAAGAGUGGUGCUAAGUUGUAA